AUGGCGGCAUCGGCGAGCUUUCGGUGCUACGACGGAGAGUGUGAAGAAUGGGAACUCUACAAAGAGCAGUUGGAACAGUUUUUUGUUUCCAAUAGGAUUCCAAAUGACAUGAGGAAGGCGGUUCUAAUCAACCAUCUGAGUGCGAAAACAUACAAGCUGCUAAGGGAUUUGUGUACACCGGACCAACCAAAGGAAAAAGACUACGAUUUUCUCUGCAAGGCACUUUCAACGCAUUUCACUCCACCAGUGAUUGUCCACAAAAAACGACGAGUAUUUUUUCGAGCGCAGCGGGGGGAGAAUGGUCCAGAGACUGUCAAUGACUGGAUAGUCAGGAUCAAAAACUUGGCUGCAAAUUGCAAGUUUGGGGAUCAGUUGUCCCAUGUUCUGGUGAACAAAUUUGUGGAUGGACUAAGUGGAAAGGCCUUUGAUCGAAUUUGUGAGGAGGACGAGAAGCUAUCGCUCGACAGAGCUCAGGAAAUAGCGUUAAAAUACGAGUUGGAAAUAUGUGCGAAUGUGAACUACACUAGAGGAGGACGACUGCCGGGAACGAAAACGGCUGAGUUUGGAGCGAAACAACAGCAGCGACGGGACAAGCAACAAUUUUCCGGCGGCGCAAUGCGGUGCUUGGUGUGUAACAGAACGGGCCACCUACGAAAGGAUUGUCGCUACCGAAACCUGACGUGCAAUAAGUGCAACAAGAAGGGGCAUCUGCAGGCAGCCUGCGGCAACCAACAAGCGUUUUAUGUGACAACGGCUGAACGCGCCGAUCGGGAAGAGGAUCUCGAUAACGAGUCGAGCAUUGAGUUGGAACAAAACUACAUUAGUAAGUCGACUAUUUCUGUAAACAAGAUAGCAUCAACAGAAGAAGAGGGGUUCAAAGUCGAAGUUAGGAUAGCGAAUCAGGUUCAUAGGAUGGAAAUAGAUUCAGGUGCAGGGGUAUGUGUUUUUCCUGAAUCGCUGUAUCGAGAAUCUUUGAGUAGCUAUCAACUGAAGGAAACUUCAUUAAAGCUGAUGCUCUAUUCAGGUCAAAGGUUACAAGUAAUUGGUGCGAUUACACCAGUAAUUGAGUAUAAUGGAAGUUGUAGGACAGUGUUAGUAGCCAUAGUUAAGGAAAAUGGCCCUGCUCUAUUGGGCAAAAAUUUCAUGAAAGCCUUCGGAAUCCGCUUAGCAUUGGUCAAUAAGGUAGUAACCGGAACAGAAGAGAAGCUCGCAAAAUUGUUGGAUAAGUACAGUGGUCUAUUUUCUGACGAAUUGGGGAAGUACAAGUACGAAACUGUUUCUCUCGAAGUGGAGGAAACGGCGCGACCGGUUUUCAAGAAGCCUCGCCAAGUUCCGUUUAAAUUCCAAGAGAAAAUGAUUAGGCAGUUGGAUGAUAUGGAACGGUCGGGUAUUAUCACAAAGUGCGAUAGUUCUCCAUGGGCUACCCCGUUGGUUCCAGUACUCAAACCUGAUGGGGAGUUGAGGCUUUGUGGAGAUUAUAAGGUUACGGUGAACAAACAUGUCAAAGACGUGAAGCAUCCUCUUCCGACGGCGGAUGAAAUUUUUGCCAAACUAAACGGCGGGAAGAAGUUUUCGAAACUGGAUUUGUCGAAGGCUUACAAUCAGUUUGAGUUGUCGGAGUCAUCAAAGGAGUUGUGCGCUAUUUCCACAGUUAAAGGUGUUUACAGGAUGAACCGUCUACCAUUUGGUGUCAAGCCAGCUUCUGGUAUCGUACAACGAGAACUCGAAAAGCUUUUUUGUGGUAUUCCCGGGGUGCAAAACUUUCUUGACGACGCAGUUGUUACGGGUGAUAAUGAUGAAGAACAUCUCGAAAGGCUGGAAAAGGUAUUUGAUGUGCUGGAUAAAGCAGGUUUGAAGUUGAACAAAGAAAAAUGUCAGUUUUUCAAAAGUGAUGUAAACUUUCUGGGUUAUACGGUAAACGAGGAUGGUUUGAAGAAAACUGAUGAACGUAUUCGCUCUAUUCGAGAUGCACCCGAACCAAAGAACGUAAGUGAAGUCAGGGCCUUUGCUGGGUUAGUAAACUAUUAUGCCAAGUUCGUGAAGAAUUUAGCUACGUUGAUGAGUCCAAUCUACAAACUACUCAAAAAGGGGGUCAAGUUUGAGUGGACGGCAGAAUGUCGUGAAGCAUUUACGCGUGUGAAAGGCGAAAUUUGUCGAGACAUAACAUUGGCACACUUUGAUCCGGCUGCGAAGAUAAUACUUACGUGUGAUGCUUCUAACGUGGGAGUAUCCGCUGUGUUGAGUCAAGUGAAAAACGGAGUAGAACGACCAGUCGCUUUUGCUUCUCGAAUCUUACAUGCGUCUGAGGUGAACUACAGUGUAAUUGAUCGCGAAGCACUGGCGAUUAUGUACGGCUUAAACAAGUAUUUCUUGUAUUUGGUGGGCAAUAAGUUUUCUAUUCGUACGGAUCAUAAACCGUUGCUAAGUUUGUUCCAUCCCCACAAAGGAAUUCCAACAAUAGCGGCAAGCCGUUUGCAGAGAUGGGCGCAUUUCUUGUCGGGAUUCAACUACGAUAUUGGGCAUGUUAGUUCUCAACUAAAUGUAGCCGAUUUUCCAUCCCGUUUUCCUACCGAGUCAUGGAAGUUGUGGAAGGAGGAAGAUUCGUACCUGAAUUUCAUCAACCGCGACGAAUGUGGUUUGGUAUCGCUCGAAGAACUGAAACUAGCUUCUGAAAAGGAUGAGCACUUGAAUGUGGCAAUGCAGUACCUAACGGGCAAAACGAACAAAGAGACGCUGGAGAGGGGACCAUACAGCAGGAUCAUUGAUGAGUUAUCCUUGGAAUCGGGAAUCAUCAUGAGAGGGCACAGGGUUGUAGUACCGAGUGCUUUGAGGAAAAAAGUAUUGAAUCAAAUGCAUAGUUCCCAUUUGGGAAUCGUUAAGACCAAAAGCAUUGCAAGGGCCAACGUUUGGUGGCCAAAUAUCGAUUAUGAUAUUGAGUGCACGGUUAAGAGCUGUUCAUCGUGUGUCUUGCAUAAUCAAUCGCCGCCUAAAGCGCAGUUGAUUCCAUGGGAACCACCCACAGCGGCAUGGAGUCGAGUGCAUGUAGAUUUUGCGGGGCCUGUAAAUGGAUGGAGUUUUCUCAUCAUUAUCGAUGCCUUCUCCAAAUGGGCGGAAGUAUUCCCAACGAAACAUUGUACAUCAGAUUUUGUUUUGGAGAAGUUGAUGGAAUGUAUCGCACGAUUUGGGCUGUUCGAUGAAAUUGUAAGUGACAACGGCACUCAAUUCGUAGCGGGAACAAUAAAGAUGUUUCUUUCGGCUAACGGAAUUAAGCAGAUUUUGACUAGUCCGGGACAUCCUUCUACUAAUGGCGAAGCAGAAAAUAUGGUCAAAACAUUCAAAGCUACGUUGAUCAAAAGUCUAUCUGAGGGAGACAAAGAUGUGAGAGGUAUUGUGGCCAAUUUUUUGCUUGGAUAUCGCAAAGCCGUACAUUGUACAACCCAAUUAUCUCCUGCGCAGGCGAUGUUGGGGCGAGAUAUUAAAUCUACACUGGAUCGAUUCAAUCCGCGUCACGUAUCGCAAGAUAAGGAAGUAGUUGCUCGCGUGACUCAAAAUAUUCGCAAGCAACAGAAGUCUCAAAUCAAGAAUUACAGAGGUACUAGGAAUUCAUCAUUCGCUGUGGGCGAUCGAGUGAUUGUUAGGGACUACAGAGAUCCUAAUAAACCAUCCUGGACAUCUGCAGUAGUACGCGAGAUUGUUGGUCAAAGAAACUACAGAGUGGAGUUGGCAGAAAGCGGAAGAGUCAUUAAACGGCAUUUGGAUCAAAUGAGGCUAGACACUCGUCCGAUAACGGAAGUCUCGGCAAACGAACAAACAACUGAGAAGAGGAGCAGUCCACGUCGGUACACCGACAUUAAACAAUCUCUUGCACCGGUGAAACGUACGUUGCCAGGUAUUUCGCCAGCUAUCAUUUUACAUCGUGAAAACUCUGUUCAAGACGAGGUUCAAGAUGAGCGGGUUCGCCAGGUUUUAGGGAGUCCACCUACUGAAGGGAUCGUAAAUCGACAGGUUUCAAUAAGUCCACCCAAUGCAGCGAUCGUAAAUGAUACUGAGGAUGACUUCGAAACUCUUUCCAACAGCUUUGAAGGUCUGUUCAUAGACGAGCGAAGGAGGGAUGAGCAGAAUGAAUCAAGUGGCUCAGAAUUCUACGAGGCAUCGGAUGGGCCAGGUAAUGUUGAAGCAAAUGUAUCUGCAGACAGUGAUGAUGACCUGGUUGUUAGCGGUUUUGCUAGGGGAUUCUGGAGGCUUAGAGAUAAACAAGGCAAGAUUUACAAAAAAUAG